AUGGCCUCCCUCCGCACCACCUCGCGCCUGUUCCAGGCCUCGCGCCCGCUGUUCCGGCCCGCGACCUUCGCUCGCUCCUAUGCGACCGUCGAGUCUGCGUCCGUGGACCCCGCGGCGUCCGAGAACCCCAAGAUGAAGACCUUCAAGGUCUACCGCUGGAACCCGGACACACCUAGCGAGAAGCCCACCAUGCAGAGCUACCAGCUGGACCUGAACAAGACCGGCCCCAUGAUGCUGGACGCCCUGAUCCGUAUCAAGAACGAAAUGGACCCGACCCUGACCUUCCGCCGGUCCUGCCGUGAAGGCAUUUGCGGUUCCUGCGCCAUGAACAUCGAUGGUGUCAACACCCUGGCCUGCUUGUGCCGUAUCCCCACCGAUACCGCCUCGGAAUCUCGCAUCUACCCUCUGCCGCACACCUACGUCGUCAAGGAUCUCGUCCCCGAUCUGACCCUCUUCUACAAGCAAUACAAGUCCAUCAAGCCCUACCUGCAGCGCGAUACCCCUACCGCCGACGGCCUUGAGAACCGCCAAAGUCCCGCUGACCGCAGAAAGCUGGACGGUCUUUAUGAAUGUAUUCUGUGCGCCUGCUGCUCGACCUCCUGCCCCUCAUACUGGUGGAACAGUGAGGAGUACCUGGGCCCCGCCAUCCUGCUCCAGUCCUACCGCUGGCUUGCCGACUCGCGUGAUGAGAAGACUGCCGAGCGCAAGGCUGCUCUCGACAACAGCAUGAGCGUCUACCGUUGCCACACCAUCCUGAACUGCACACGAACCUGCCCUAAGGGUCUUAACCCCGGUCGCGCCAUCGCGGAGACCAAGAAGAUGCUGGCCGCGUAA